AUGGCAUCAUCCAUAGAUUCGUGGAUUGCUGCUUUGAUUGAGAAUUCUCUCUCUGUCCGGUGGAAGGCCUCAGACGUGGAAGAUGACGGGAGUAAUCUUCGGUUCUUCAAUACCUCCCACCAUCUCGCCUUGGUCAAUAGCUGGGCUGGGGGCGAUCAAGUACCCACGAUCAACGUGACCGAUUUCCAUACCCAGAUCGAUGCGAUCCUUUCCAAAGAAUCUAUAGAACUCUACCGCCAAGAAUGUCCCAAUCGCCCGUUCAAUAAGGACACGAUCCGAGGACGUUACCUUCAGCUGCUGGCUUUCGAGGUGGUUUUCGAAUACCCCAUGUCUCAGCCUAAGCUUCACCUCUACGUCACACACUUUAAACUCGCAUUGGAUAAACCCCAAUUCAGAGGACCACCGCAGGGAAAGGGCAUCAAAAGGAAUGCACCUCUAUACAAAUUGGCGCGGAACAUUCUUGGUGAGGUCAAAUCCCGGGGGAAGCGUCCAAAUAUUCCGGCAGAUACGGCUGGGAUCCAUGAAGCCCCUGAAACCCAACCCAAAGAACUCUCGCACGUGCAUGAUUCGCAAAACCUUCUGGCGACUCAGGUCCAACCAGCGUUCCAUCCCCUUUCUAGGCCCUCGACUGGCUCUAAAAACCCAGAAAAUGGUUCCACUUCUUCGGACAAGCUUCUAGGGCUUUUAGAAUCUAACUCCAAAAUCACACAUAAUGGUUCAAGCCACCCGGUACGAGCCACCUCAAAACCCUCAGGGCGUUCAAGUUCGAUAGAAACCCAGAGAUCGGGACAGGCUCAUAGCAAUGGGCCCCAAACUGCUGAAAACAAUGCUGGAGGCACGGAUAUGGCAAACGUACGCAAUCCUACGCCUCUUGCAUCUCAGUCCAGAAUUGUGGAUGAGAAUCCUGGUGCUGUCAAUGUGAUUCCACAACCCAACGCGGAUGAGGACGAACGGCCAGGUUCGCAACCUAGUAAAGCUGAUGACAGCCGAAAUCGCUCUGUGGAGCCCAGUGAGAAUGUAAAAGACACUACAAACCCAAGCCGAACCUUGACUGGGUCUCCUCAGAAGUCGCCCGAUAAAGCAGCUUCCGGUGCAGGACGAUCUCCCAACGUUCAACAAACCCAAAACCGUGACCCGUGGCAUGGUAUGACAAAGAUUCACAAGCGAGAAAUUACCAUACCAAAAAGUCAAGCAGCCUUGUUUGAGCAACACACCCUGCGUUGGGUUCCUCCUGCCGCAGGGGAGAUAAUGCCCCAAGGCCAUGUACCGCCAGCUCUUUUAAGUCAGUGGAACAAGAUUGCCUAUGAUCGAAGCCGGCCUUCUAAAGAGAACGAAUGGAAAGCUGAUGUGUCUAAAUCGAUCGAAUCGGUCGACUCGCACGAGCCUUUGCCGGAAGCCAGCAGUCCUGCGUCUGAGUCGGAUUCAGAUAACGAGUCAGAUAGCGCAUAUUCUUGGGGCGGCUCCCCGGAGCGAAAUGUCCGUCCUCGGAACCAAUUGCCAGCUGACAGUAGUCCGGCGGAGCGACAUCCACCCAAGAUAGUUGUUGCGCGGGCGGAUAGUGAAAACCAGGGCCAUCUCCAUUCGAUACCUGAAAAGUCUCAGGAGCAAGAUCUGUCGCGAGAUGGCCAGAGCGCCCAUGACCAUGGAAAAGUCAAUGAAGUAACCACUGCCCCUGAUGUACAGAUGGUGGAUGUCGAAGAUGCUACUCAAGAUCGCCACCCAGAUUCCGAUGAAGAGAGCGAUGAUUCGAUGAUGGAGUCCUCCGUCCCUUGUGCACUCGGGGCUCCUAGCUCCCAGCAAAUCGACUCCCACAUCCAGGAGGAGGUUGAAAUCACCAGUUCUGGACCAAGUCUUCCACAAUCUCGCCAAGAACAAAUCCAAGUGGUGGAAACUCCAGCCAGCAACUGCAGUCGUUCGAAGCCUGCGAAUGCGAACAAGGUCCCAGAUAGUUCAGUCCCUUCCGAACAAAUAACAACUCCCCAGGCCAAGUCGUCAUCUCAAUCGCGCAUUCUGAAUACGUAUGCUAGCAACCAAACCGGCACACAAAAGUCUCAGGAGUCCUCGAACCCUUCCCAGGAAAAUGAGUCUCAUGAAAUUGACAUUAUGGCGACACAAUGGAGCAAUGGUAGCUGGCAACCUCAAAAUGAGACCGUAUCUCCGCGUCCGACUCCGCAUUCGAGCAUGGCUGUACCCAAUUUUACGUCCCAAUCAGACGAGUCGUCGAAACCGUUUUCAUCUCAUAGUGAAGUCAUUUCUUCCAUCCCGUCCGGCGAAAAUGCCGAAAAUGCCGUGAACGUAUCAGAUAUUCCCAAUUCUGCACAAGAUCCGCCUGGUGAACAGGCCCAAAGCCGGCCGCCGAAGCGCUUUGCGUCCGAGAUCGAUGCCGAAGAACAGUCCUUAGCCAAGCGCUGCAAGACAGCCCAACAAGCUCGAGUAGUAAAAGAGUCAACGCCUAGCGUAAUAUUCCGUCGACAAAGCUACAUUGGCGGUUCCAACAAUCACGAGGAGGCAGAGAGGAUCUAUGGAAAAUUCCGAAGCGACUACCCGCUUUAUGAGGGAGACUUUGCGCAUUUUACGGAGUUAUGCUUCAAGUUGCGGGCCCUUCGAGCCAAGGGAGACCUGAAGAGGUCCUUCCUAUGGGAUGAUUUCGUCAUCCAACAUCUGAAGGAAUACCAACAGCACAUUGAACAAACACAGUCCCAAGACGCCAAGUCGCAAGAAUACGAAGUGUAUUUCGCAUCCAAUUUCUCCAAACCGUCAUUCAAAAAGCGAAGUCUCACGGCGGAUGGGAUUGAGAUAGCUGCUUCUCAACACAUGCCUGCGGGUCACACAGAUGCAGCAGCGAGCCCUGCUGUUGCUAGAUCUCAGAUGGGCACUUCCUUUACGGGAAGUCUUGCGGACAAAUUCUCGAAUCUCCAGGCACACUCUUUCGGGCCUUCGACUCAGGAUCUGCAGCCUGAUACCGACGAUGAGAAGAUGUCGGAUGCAAUGUCUUCACCUACCCCGCAUGAAAGGAUUAGAUGGCAUACACCGAUGGAAAAUCAAUCAGACCAUAGGGAUAGAGAGGAGAUUCGGACGUCAAAUCCUGAAGCUACCGAGCGCGAGAAUCCUGAGGAUAAUGCUGCCGAUACUGCCGACACCGUCCCAGGCGCUGAGGGUGCCGAUGCAGUUGAGGAAGUCGACACGAAUGGAAAUGUUGAGCAUUCUCAAGACAUCGAAAUGACUGGCGUAAUUGAAGCAGAAGGCGCCAAGGAACCCGCAGCUGCUCAAGAUGCUCAAGAUGCUCAAGAUGCUCAAGAUGCUCAAGAUGCUCAAGAUGCUCAAGAUGCUCAAGAUGCUCAAGAUGCUCAAGAUGCUCAAGAUGCUCAAGAUGCUCAAGAUGCUCAAGAUGCUCAAGAUGCUCAAGAUGCUCAAGUUGUUGAAGUCGAGACAAUUGGGGAUGUCGAGAUUAAUAAAGAUACUGAGCACUCUGAGAACAUUGAAAUGAGUAAUGCUGCUGAAGAAAUCCAAGAAGCUGAAACUUUUGCCAAUAUUGAAGGUGCCGAGGCGGCCGACAGUGUGCAAGCAAAUGAGGAGAGUGAGCACCAUCAAGCCAAUGGAGUAGCGGGGACACAAGAUCUCGCUCAAGAUGGCACGGAUGAUGAGAGCUCCCAAGACGUGGAAUACGUCGAAGACACCGGUGUCUCUGAAAAUGCUCAGAAACACGAUGAUGGCCCUGAGAAUGCCGAGGGAGCUGAAGUAGCGGAAGCCGUCGACGAAGCCGACAUGAUCCAGGAGACUCAGGAAUUGGAGGAUUCAGAUGAAUCUAGCCAUGAGGAAGAUUUCAUGGAUGACACGCAUGAGACGGCUAGUGUCGAGCUUGGUGACAGCGAACCUACAACAACCGCUAAGGUCCCUGAGGCUCCCGGGGAGCAUGAUUUAGAUGAGAUACCUGCCUCUGAUGUUGAACCAGAGGCCGAAGCAGAGGCCGAGCCCGAGUCUGAGCCGGAGCCUGAACCGGAGGUUACAGACGAAGUCGAGCCUAGAGAUGAGAACGGAACCAAAAGCGUCAACGAGAACUGGUUUCGAUCUCUACGACACAUAUAUCAACGUCCACCGGGGCCAGUCUGGUCUGACGAUUACAACACGCCUUUCAAAAAAUGGGCGCGGGCCGACCAAAACGUGUUUCAGGAACGUCAGCGCCGCGGGGGUGCCCGUAUUCCCGUGGACGAGAAUGGAGUGAUUCAACGCUUUGAAUACUAGAAGUGGGUUCGUCCACUUCCGUGGCAUUGUCUUGCGGACUCCUGGCUCUUUUCAUUCGUUAUUUUGCGGACUUGAUGCCGCAAUCUAU